GUCACGCGAGCGGGCACAAUGUAAGCGAACUAUAGUGCACCCCGAUAUAAACUUAAUCCGGGAGUAAGUCACUGCAUUAUAAGGAUAGCGGGCACUCGCGGAUCUACAUCACUAACCAGACAAUAUAGAAAGAUGGCGAAAAGCUGCUUGGGGUCUCAGAUAUUCGAGAUCGCUGAAUAUGGUGAUAGCGAGAAACUGCUUUCUCUCAUUCAGUCUCACUCACAAAGUGAAGUUCACCAAGCUUUGAGAUGGCGGAGGAGAUGGAGAGUACUCGCUCGCUACCGUGAUCCCGAUGGCAGGAACGCCCUCUCCGUUGCUGCAGCAAAUGGCCACACUGAGGUCAUCAAGGCUCUGAUAAAAUUCAAUGCUAUCGAAAUUGAAAAGGCUGAUUUUCUGGCAAGCUCUGAGGUUGGAGGUAGUGUUGUUGGGUCCUUGUUUUAUGCUUUCAAGAACGAACAAUAUGAAUCAGCCCAUGCAUUGAUAGCCGCUGGAGUGGACCCAUCUCAAGAUCUCUUGCUCCAUGCUCUUGUCAUCUGGUCAACCAUUCAAUGCCGCAGGAUCUAUCCCUUCAUGACGCUCCUGGAAGGAAAGAUUGAUUUUGAUCAGAAGGACGAAGAUGGUCAGACGGCGCUCAUGCUAGCCUGCAAGCAAAGGAACCAUACUAUGGUACAAGCUCUGCUUAAAUAUGGCGCUGACCCAAACGUUCAGGAUUCAAAUGUAAGCACAUCCUUGCAAAAUUGAUCCCUGGUGCGGGGAAGAUCAAACAACUUGGUGAAGUUAAUUAAGACUGCAAAUCACCAACCUUUUCGAGAUCAAGACGGAGUUCUUCCGGUUACCCAUUACUGAAAAGACGACAUUCAGUGGCUUCAUUAUCGUGCAGGGGCCGCGGAACGGUUUUCAAAGUGGGGGGGGGGGGGGGCUGACCAUGCAAAAAAUCACAAUCAUAUGGUCAUUUUUACGUUUUUGUACACGGUUUUGGAAAAAAGUGGGGGAAGGGGGCUGAAGCCCCCCCCCCCCCGCUUCCGCGGCCCCUGUCGUGUACGUCAGAUAACAUCAACUGAAUUGACCGAACUUCCGUUUAGUUAUUGUUUUGUUUAUGAACAUGGUAUUACCUCAUGAAACAAAAUUGCGAGGGCGAAGCGCGAGCUGAUCAUUUUAUAUAUGUGCCUGAAAAGAAUUAUGAAGGCUUGUAGGAAUUAUUGAAUGACCUGGAAACAACUCAUUUCACGCGACCCCCUCCUGUUGUAUAGCCCUGAAAUAUUAUAUAAAUAUAUAUAUAUAUAUAUAUUAAAUUUUACAAAGACCUUUAAUUUUGUUUUAAGAAAUAUAUAGCACAUGCAUGCAAUUAUGAAUCCUCUAUUUUUUAUUCGCAUUUCUAGACUUCCCCGAUGUCUUUGGUGGAAUAAACGAACACUGUAAAAAUAUAAUGGGUAAAUUUUUAACCAGCACGAGGGUAAUUAUGUGUCCAACCAAUUUUGGGCAGUAUUUUACCCAAUGCGCAAAGCAUAUUGUCCAGUAAGGUUAAAAAAGGCAGCAAUUGCUUUACAAUGGGUAAAAUUAUCAUCACACUGUAUAAAUAAAAAUGCCCAAUGUUGGUUGGAUACACAAUUACCAUCAUAGAGCAUGUUUACCCAAUAUUUUAAGAGUAAAUAUCAUUAACUUUUUGUGAACUGCAAUUUCCAAAAUGCUCAUCUAAAUGGUGGCGUGUGGAUUUUUUAAAACUUUUUUUCUGAAUUCCUAAAGCAAAACUUGUCAAAAUACAUGUAUAAAAAUUAUGAAAAGUAUACAUUUCAAUAAUAGAUGCACAAGUGAAAUAAAUAUCUUAUGUAUACUAUUCAAAAUUGCAGCCAAAUUAAAAUAAACGGUUUGAUUAUUUCAUCACAUAUUAAAAGAAGUGAUGUCAGUUAAAAGCAAUAGCGUGCUUGAAGGCAUAAAAGCCCCGAAUUAAAUUUGAGAGUCCAGAUUAUAAAUGUGCGGUUGGUAUAAGCAAUAUUUGAAUUUUAAUUAUCAUUAGCGUGAUCACACUCUCCAUUUUAGUGUAUUUUAUUUGAAUUAUCUCUGCAAUAUCAUGAAAAUAGAUUUCGUCAAUAAGAAUAUGUUCGUUUCAUAAACAUGUAUCAUAAUGUUUGUAUAAACUCUUGUUCGAAUGACUAUAUUGGAAUCAUAAAUGCAUUAUGAUAAUUAUUAUUACAUUUUACAAAUUGUUCUUAAAAGUAAACGGUAUUUUGAUUAUUCGGAGAACUAUUACACGUCUUAUGACAAGUAAUUUUUAGUAAAACUAAUAAAAAUCCAUGCUGUGCUUUGUGAUCGAUUUAGCCAACAAUAAAGUCUCCUUGAUAUGACUGAAGUGCAACGUUGGUAAUUUGGUGUCAAGAUCAUGAAAAUAUACAGUAAAUUAAAGAUCACUUCAUUCUUGAUCUUCAUUUAGCUCCUUGAUUAACAAAGAAAUCAUUAUAUAGUGUUUGUUUUGCAUUAAUAAGAAGAGUGCACACAUAGUUACCAGGAAUUCUUAUAGCAUUUCUAAUGAAUGUAGGAUAAACGAGCACUUGAUAAAAAAAAAUGCCUUGCUCACAGACAUAUAGGUGGCGUAACCUGGAUCGAGCCCCGGACUUAAUUGUGUCAAGUCAGGCGCCUUUUACCACUCGACCACGGCACCUCCACAAUGAUAGAAUAAAGAUACUUUUGUUUUGAAACGCAUGCCCUAAUAAAACAUGUUACAGGAAA